AUGAAACCUUCCACCGUCCUCCUCUGCCUCGCGCCCACCGCGGCCCUCGCAACACAACAACCUUCUGCAGUCCAACCCUCCCCCUCAGUACCAAACAUUACUCCUCCCGCGCCAUUACCCGAGCUCCAACAACACCAGUACCAAUACCAACAAUCACCAGAAUCAGUGCAAGAAGCCGGUGUCGACAUCGCCGCCGCACAACCCACAGAUGCAUUUGACCUGGGGGAAACAACAACGACCAAGUCGCUGCAGGCACGGAGUGAAGGAACACUGGGCCAGUCACCCUGGAUCGGAAUGGCCAUUGGGUUGACGUGUACGGCUCUUGCAGCAGUCAUGUUGGGAUAA